AUGAAGAUGAAAGGGCUUCGUAACUUUGUGAAGGAAUGCCGCAGCAGGUACAUGAUACUCAUACAGGGGGACACCCUGGCUGCUUCCUACUACCAGCAGCUGAAGAAUGCCACAGCUGUUGGAGCUGAGCUUGCUCACAGCUUCUCUAGCAGCGCGAACACCCUGACCGUCGGGACGCAGAUCGCUUUGGACCGCCUGAACACGGUGAAGGGGCGUUUCAACAGCAACGGCAUCGCAAGCGUGCUCAUCCAGCAUGCGUGGAGUCCCAAGUCUCUCAUCACCGUCUCCAUCGAGUUCAACAGCAAGGACAUGGAGAAGAGCGCGCCCCAAUUAAGUUCGGGCUGGCCCUGGCUCUCAAGCGUUGAUGUAGGGUUCGGUGUGCUUUAG